UUGAUUUUUUUUUGUCUAAUAGAAAAAAUUAAAAGACAAACCAAUCGCGGGCUGACACGUGUCAGUGGGAUCCGCGAGUAGUGCAAGAACCAAGUUAAACUCGGCUCUUAUAGAAAACGCGGAAAACACGGUUUUUAUAAAAAACCGGGUAACCCACCCUUUAAGAAUCCUCUUAAACGCCAGCGUUAAAAAUGGUCUUAUAAUGGAUGCAGACUUUUGAAUAAUGUGCACAAAAUUGUUUAACGGUAAUUAAACGCUUUGUAAAAGACUACUAAGGGCAGCUAGGCAACGUCUAAACUGAUUUUUCUAAAAUUCAGUUCUCUUAUAACCGAUUUAUCGUGUAAAACGCCUGAAAAUUUACUUUUGUAGGCUUCACAUUGUGUAAAAUGGUGGUAUCUUGGUUUUGGUUCCAUCGGAUACCGAACAUUCGGUGUUUAAACCAAAUAAAACCGGAUUAAACCGGUUAAAGUUCCGGUUUGUCUCAGGCGCGCAUCUUUAACCGAAUAAAACUCUUCUCGCCCUCGAUACUCUCUUCCUUAUCGUUAUGGCUUCCGUCGCUUUGCCGGCGUUCACCUGCCGGAGCUCAGCAGAACCGACGAAGGAGCUUCGCGUCUGCACGAACCGCACCUGCCGUAAACAAGGCUCAUUCCAAAUCCUCGAGACGCUAACGUCCCUCGCGCCUCCCCAACUCCGAGUCAAUCCCUGCGGAUGCCUCGGCCGAUGCGGCUCGGGUCCGAACCUCGUCGCUCUCCCUCAAGGCCUCUUCCUUCGUCACUGCGCCACGCCUUCUCGAGCCGCUGAGAUCCUGUUCAGCCUAUGCGGCGACGGCAGGGAAGCUUCCUCUUCCUCCGCCGUCGCGGAGGCUCUCUCCGCUUUGGCGCUCACGAACAAUGCUCUCACUCAGAUCGAAGCUGGGAACUUCGAGGAGGCAGAAUCGCUUCUUACACAGGCUUUAGAGAUGAAACCAUACGGUGGAUUGCAUAGAAUCUUCAAACACAGAUUGUUGGAAUCUUGGGAUUGUAGAGCAGUGGCGAAACUAGGAAUGGUUGAUUACUCUGGGGCUCUUGAAGAUAUAAGCCAAGCUCUAGCAUUAGCUCCUAACUAUUAUGAGCCCUACAUUUUCCAAGGUGAUGUUUACGUUGCACAAGGUCAAUAUGAUCUCGCCGAGAAGUCAUACUUGAAGUGUUUAGAGAUAGAUCCUACCCUUCGAAGAUCAAAAUCAUUCAAGGCGCGGAUUGCAAACCUUCAAAAGAAAGCUGUUGAAGCAGAUGUGAGUUAAAUCCUGACAUUUGGAGUUGUUUUGAAUGCAUAUAGCUCACUACAUAUCUGUCAUUUUAAGGGCAAUUCUUUUCUCUGUCAAAACCGUUGCAAUAAUGUCUCUUUCUUUGGGUAGAGGGGUUUUCAAGAGUUCCAAAUUACGUUGUUUAUAGGUGUCAUUAGUAUAUCAAGUGGUAAUGAGAUUACGCUGUCUAUAUUAUUCAAGCUAAUGAUAUUAUAUUAUUCA